GAAAUGAGUAAAAGGUGUUUUCUCUUUUCUUUUGGCAGCAGGUGAGAAAAGGAUGGAGAGUUCAGAGUUGCCUCCAAAGCAGGCGAUUUCUAAAGGAUCAGAGUCACCUGAUAGGACCUCAGGAGUACUGUAUGGAGUACUUCCUGGAGGACCAGGAGCUGGAGAUGCCUGUGAAGACGCUUUAGAGAAGUUAGGAACACAACCCUCUGAUGAAGGAGGGAGCAGACUGGAAAGUGAUUUCUUGGAAAUAACACAGCAGGGAAAAAAAUCCACAAAAGAUGGAUGUGAUGAAUAUAAGGAUCUUGGGGACCAUCCAGAUCUGUCCUCCAGUCCUGCAGAAGAUCAAGAAGUUCUGAAGGGACAGAAAUUCUAUCGAUGUGAUGAAUGCGGCAAAGCUUUUAAUUGGAGUUCACACCUCAUCGGGCAUCAGAGAAUCCACACUGGAGAGAAACCCUAUGAGUGUAAUGAGUGUGGCAAGACCUUCAGGCAGACUUCUCAGCUCAUAGUUCAUCUGAGAAUCCACACAGGGGAAAAGCCCUAUGAAUGUAGUGCUUGUGGAAAGACGUAUCGUCACAGCUCCCAUCUCAUUCAGCACCAGAGACUCCACACUGGGGAGAAACCAUAUAAAUGUAACGAAUGUGGAAAAGCUUUCAAUGAAAGUUCUAAACUCUUUGACCAUCAAAGAACCCAUACUGGGGAGAAACCAUAUGGAUGCAAUGAGUGUGGAGCAGUCUUUAGUCGGAAUAAAAGCCUUGUCCGACAUCAGGUACUUCACACUGGUGAGAAACCUUACAAGUGUAAUGAGUGUGGGAAAGCUUUCUGUUCUAACAGAAAUCUUAUUGACCAUCAGAGAAUCCACACCGGGGAGAAGCCUUAUGAGUGUAAUGAAUGUGGCAAGGCCUUUAGUCGGAGUAAAUGUCUUAUUCGACAUCAGAGCCUCCACACUGGGGAAAAACCAUACAAAUGCAGUGAGUGUGGGAAAGCCUUCAAUCAGAUCUCUCAACUUGCUGACCAUGAGCGAAUUCAUACUGGAGAAAAACCUUUUGAAUGUAAUGAGUGUGGUAAGGCAUUCAGUCUGAGUAAAUGUCUCAUUCGACAUCAGAGACUUCACACUGGUGAAAAGCCUUAUAAAUGCAAUGAGUGUGGAAAAUCCUUCAAUCAAAACUCAUACCUCAUUAUACACCAGAGAAUUCACACUGGUGAGAAACCUUAUGAAUGUAAUGUGUGUGGGAAGGUCUUCAGUCAUAAUUCUAGCCUUAUGGUACAUCAGAGAACCCAUACUGGAGAGAAACCCUAUAAAUGCAAAGAUUGUGGCAAAGCCUUUCGUGACAGCUCACAACUCACUGUGCAUCAGAGAGUUCACACUGGAGAGAAACCCUAUGAGUGUAUUGAGUGUGGGAAAGCCUUCAGUCAGCGUUCCACUUUUAAUCACCACCAGCGAACUCACACUGGAGAGAAGCACUCAGCUUUCUCCACCCUGCUGCCUAACUAAACAAGUUAAGAACAGCAUCACAAUUUACUGCAGAGACGACUCGACUUUCAUGGCUGUGGGACCGUUCUUGUGUGAUUGGAAUCAACAGUAAUGAAGUUUGUGACAAGAUUAAUAGAGUCUCUUCUGAUUUCCUUACCAAUUAGUUCUGUCUGCCUGCAACUGUCAUCUGGUUUCAAGGUGAGAGGUGUACCCCUAAUUACUGUGGUUAUCUUCUGGGCCAACCUUCAUACCUCAAAGGCGUAAGAAACAAAAUCUUUUCAGGGGAUUUCCUCUUCUACAGUCAUAUAAAUAUCAGACAUCAGUUUUUUCUUUCCACCUUUGCAGUAGGGCGUCAGUGCUCAGGGGGUGGCCUCUGGCAUCCUCCCCUUCCUGCUGGGCAGUGUGGAGGGGUGGAGGAGGAGGCUAGAGGGGCAGAGUCAGGUAACCUGGAGGGGAGAGAUUUCUGGGCUCUGAUUUAUGUCUCUGAGACAGUGGAGAAGAAAGGGAAGAGAGUUGAGGCUCGAGAAGAUAAGAAUUAGAUUAGAUGAGAUAUCUCAGACAAGGUUAGAAAACAUUUAUUGGGGGCCUGAAAAAUUGCUGAACCAAGGACAGGACUGGAAAUUUGCCAUUUUUGUGUAUUUUGAAAUUUAAAUACUGCUGUGGCUGUAUUUUUGGUGUUCAUUUUCACUUUUUAAAAAACAAGAUAUCCAGAUAGGGCUUUCUUU